AUGACAAGAACCAUCCUAAAUUAUUGCGAUUUUUUUUUCUUUUAUUUUUUAGAUUCACACCGUUGUUUCUGUUGUAAACAGACAGGAGAUGUGAAGAAGUGUUCGGUGGUCCAAUGUGGCAGGUUUUAUCACGACGUAUGUGUGAGAAAGCAUCCUCUCACACGGGCUGAAAGCAAAUCAUUCACUUGCCCUCUACACGUCUGUGUAACUUGUUCCGCCGACAGUAAUAGUUCUAAAAAUCCUAAAGCAUCUAAAGGUCGUUUGUGUCGAUGUUUACGCUGCCCAACUGCCUACCAUGUUGGAGAUUUCUGUAUUGGUGCUGGAAGUGUGACCUUGGCUGGCAACAAUAUUAUCUGUAGUAAUCAUUUUGUGCCACCAAAGAACAAAAAGACUCCAACACACUUCAACGUUAGCUGGUGUUUUAUCUGUAAUUUAGGAGGUACCCUACUAUGCUGCGAUAGCUGCCCAGCUGCAUUCCACCCUGAUUGCAUCAAUGUUAACUGUUCCGAAGAUACUUGGUACUGUCAGGAUUGUGCCCGUGGCAAAAAGCCUCUUUAUGGUGAUAUAGUUUGGGUCAAAGUUGGCAACUAUAGAUGGUGGCCAGGCGAAAUUUGUCAUCCGAAAAAUGUUCCAAUGAAUAUUCAACAGAAGCCGCAUCAGAUUGGAGAAUUUCCUGUGCGAUUUUUUGGUUCCCAUGAUUACUAUUGGACAAACCAAGCUAGAGUUUUUCUGUUUCAAGAAGGUGAUAAAGGCAGUAAAGAUUCUUCAGCAACGAAAGGUUUGGCGAAAAUAUUUCGGGCAGGAAUUGGUGAAGCUACGGAAGCAUUUAAAUUGUGGAAAGCAGCCAAAGAGAACCGGGAUCAAUUGGAAAAUGAAAAAAUUGGGAAGAAACCGGCACCAUUUAAAUUUGUUAAAACAAACCUUGCUGUCGGUAAUGUCCAAAUCCACAAAGCUGACCUGUCUGAGAUUCCACGGUGUGAAUGCAGACCAGACAUGGACAAUCCAUGUGGUUCGGACACGGAGUGCCUCAACCGGAUGUUGAUGUAUGAAUGUCAUCCUCAGGUGUGCCCGGCAGGAGAACGCUGCCAAAACCAACGUUUCACCAAACGCCUCUACCCCGAUUCAGUGCCAGCAAAGACCUCGACACGCGGAUGGGGCUUAAAAACAAAUGUAGAUAUUAAAAAGGGUCAGUUUGUCAAUGAAUAUGUUGGAGACCUAAUUGAUGAAGAAGAAUGCAAAAAGAGAAUAUGGAAAGCACAUGAAGAUAAUAUUUCUAACUUUUACAUGUUAACACUUGACAAAAAUAGAAUAAUUGAUGCUGGACCAAAAGGAAACUUAUCUCGUUUUAUGAAUCAUAGCUGUCAACCAAAUUGUGAAACCCAGAAGUGGAUGGUUAAUGGUGAUGUCAGAGUUGGUUUGUUUUCCCUACAUGAUAUCCCAGCUAAUUCAGAGCUGACAUUUAAUUACAACUUGGAUUGUCUCGGUAAUGAGAAGAAGAUCUGUGCCUGUGGUGCCCCAAAUUGCAGUGGCUUUCUGGGUGUCCGUCCUAAGUCAGUCAUAAAUCAAGCCGAUAAAAAGGCAAAAGAUAUGAAGAAGAAAAAGAAACGUAAAAAAGGCCGACCUGACUUGAAGAAACAUGAAGACGAGUGCUUCCGAUGUGGAGAGGGUGGUGAACUAGUCAUGUGUGACAAAUCACAGUGCCCUAAAGUCUACCAUCUGCAGUGCUUGAGCUUGACUAAGCCACCCCAUGGUCGUUGGACAUGUCCAUGGCACCACUGUGAUGUCUGCGGUAAGCAGUCUAUGAAACUGUGUUCUGACUGCCCCAAUUCCUUCUGCACUGCACAUGCUGAAAACAACAUCCACACGGUGGAGGGGCGAGAUGUUUGCUAUGAUCACGAAGAUGUCAUGUUAGAACAGUCAUCCAAGUUUAAAAACGGCUUGAAACAGCCUUCCAAGAACAAGGUGCUGUCCAACGGAAUCGGCCCGUUGUCAGAGAAGAGGGAAAUAGCUAGUGUUGACGGAACAUGUAACGAUACAAUGAAGAGCACAAAGGCAACUGGUGCUCUUGGCGCCAAACUCGAG